UUUCGGCACACAAAAGUGUCGCGUUGUCAUAGGCUCUGCUUUUCCUGCAGUCUUUUCCUCGGUUUCCCUGGGGGUGGGGGUGACCCUCCUCCCGUCUUGCAGAUGGAUCUGUGCGGCCGGAGCCAGAGAGGGGCCCUGCGGGAAGCCAGCAGGAAGCAGGCCUCGCCCCGCCGCUGGUCCAGAGUGAAUGGCUGGUCGUGGCCCCUGCACACCUUCCAGGCGGUGGCCUGGACCACGCUGUUCGUCUUGGCCUUCGCCAACUUCGGUAUCUUCGUCCCCUUGCUGCCGCCUAACUGGAACUUGGUCAUCUAUGGUGUGACUGGUGGGCUUUUCUGUUUCCACUUCGUGGUCCACUUGCUUGCAAUUUCCAUCGAUCCUGCUGAAACCAACGUACGGCUCAAGAACUACUCGGAGCCCGUACCCACCUUCGACCCAUCCAAACACACGCAUGUCAUCGAGAACCAAUAUUGCCACCUGUGUGAGGUCACCGUGAACAAGAAGGCUAAACACUGUAGGGCCUGCAACAAGUGUGUAUCUGACUUUGACCACCACUGCAAAUGGCUUAACAACUGUGUAGGGGGCAGGAAUUACAGAUGUUUCCUCUGCUCCUUGGUCUCUGCCUCGGCCAGCCUGCUCUUCCUGAUCACCAUCCUGCUGUACGUCUUCAUCCAGUUCUUUGUCAGCCCGGAGGAGGUGCGCACUCAUCCCCUCUAUGAAGACGUCUCCAAGGACACUUGGCUGCUGUUCCUUCCUUUGUUCCCUGUAAAGACGAAGACCCUGGUGGUCCUGGGCAUUGGGGUGUUCGUCCUGCUGCUGUCCGCCCUCAGCCUCCUGCUACUUGGACACCUGCUCAUCUUCCACCUCUUCUUAAUGUUCAAGAAGUUGAGCACGUAUGAGUAUGUGACACAGAACCGCUGUCAAAAGACUCCAAAAGUUCCAGCAGGGAGGAAAGAGCUGUCCUUCAAAAUAAGCAUGCCACAGGUAGCGGGGUGCCCCUCUGCUUCACCAUCUGUGCUAUCCGGGCCUGGGGCAGCGCCCAGUGUCACCUUGCAGCUGGGACUUCUCAAACACAGUCCUUUGCUUCUGUGUUGGCACAAUCCUCUGAUUCCGUGUGUGUGUGUGUGUGUGUGUGCGCGCGUUGUGUGAUGCAUUGCAGGUGUGUGUGAUGCGGUGUGUGCGCGUGUUUGGUGUGAGAUGCACUGCAUGUUUGCACGUGUGAGUGCAUGAUGCGUAUGUGAUGCACAUGUGUGUGGUUGCGUGUGCACAGUAUGUGAUGCAGUGCAUGUGUGUGUGUGGUUUUGUGUGUGUGUGUUUAGUGUGAGAUACAGUGCGUGUAUGUGACUG